GUCCCUCUCGCUAUGGAUGUUCACUUGUUCUGUUCUAUAGACUUUUCUGAGUUUUCUCGUUGAGCAAAGUAGAAAUGUACAAGUUUCUCUACUCCGAACGCAUUUCAUGGCAAAAAAUCACAAAUCAAAAGCAUACUAUCAGCAUAGAGGCAUGGUUCCUGGGGUUCUUGAUUCGAAAUCUCCAUCUCAUCGCCAUGCACACUUCCUUCUGUGCAGCAUCUUCAUAUUAAUCUCCUCCAACACAGCAACGCUAUCAUCAGCGCAGGCCAGCAAUAGGUCAGAGGAUGACCGGCAAGCCCUCCUUUGCUUCAAGUCUGGUCUCUCCGGGAACUCUGCUGGUGUCCUAGGAUCAUGGAGCAACGACUCACUGAACUUCUGCAAAUGGGAAGGGGUCACCUGCAGCACGGCCAUCCCAAUCCGCGUGGCAUCCUUGAAGCUAAGGUCAGUGCAACUCAGAGGAAAACUAUCAAGUUGCGUAGCAAAUCUUACUUCCCUAGUGCAGAUGGAUCUCUCAAACAAUUCGAUUUCUGGGGAGAUACCUGAUGAAAUAGGUUCACUACCCCUACUUCAGACUCUAAUCCUCUCGAAGAACCUCCUAUCAGGAACUAUACCACCUGAGAUAGGAAAACUUGUGAGUCUCACAAAACUUGCCAUGGACCAAAACAUGCUUUCAGGAAUCAUUCCCUGGACUAUUGGGAAUUUAUCAAAUUUGGUUGUCCUGGCACUGUCCACAAACAGCUUGUCAGGUGAAAUCCCAGCCAGAAUUGGCUAUCUCCCUCAACUGAUCCAGCUUUACCUGGAUGACAAUACGUUAUCUGGACGCAUACCAGCACAACUAGUGCAGUGCACAAGGUUGGCUAUGUUAAAUUUAUCAGUCAAUAGCCUUAAUGGAUCCAUACCAAGUGAAAUCCUCAGUAUUUCUUCGCUUUCUUUGGGGUUGGACUUAUCAAACAACAAUCUUAUAGGAACAAUACCAUCACAGAUUGGAAAACUGAUCAAUCUUGGCUUACUGAAUGUUUCCAGCAACAAGUUAUCUGGUGAAAUACCAUCUGAACUUGGGCAGUGUGUUUUAUUGUUAUCCCUUCAGAUGGAAGGCAACAUGCUCGAUGGGGUUAUUCCACAGUCUCUCAAUACACUGAAGGGCAUACAACACAUGGAUCUCUCUGAAAACAUCUUAUCUGGUCAAAUUCCAGAUUUCUUCGAGAACUUCAGUACCUUAGAUUAUCUUAAUCUAUCAUACAACAGACUAGAAGGACCAAUUCCAACCAGUGGUAUCUUCACAAAUUCUAAUGCAGUCAUGUUAGAAGGUAACAAGGCGUUAUGUCAACAAAUUGACAUAUUUGCAUUGCCGAUCUGCCACAUCACAUCUGCAAGAGAAAGAAAAAUUAAUGAACGCCUACUGCUGAUAACAGUUCCACCAGUUAUUAUCGCUUUGUUGUCAUUUUUAUGUGUUCUUACCACUGUUACGAAGGGAAGAAUAACCCAGCCAUCUGAAAGCUACAGAGAGACAAUGAAGAAGGUGUCUUAUGGAGACAUUCUUAAAGCUACCAAUUGGUUUUCUCCAGUCAACAGGAUCAGCUCAAGUCAUACAGCAUCAGUCUACAUAGGUAGGUUUCAGUUUGAUACAGACCUUGUUGCCAUCAAGGUAUUUCAUCUUGACGAGCAAGGUUCGCUCAAUAGCUUUUUGGCAGAGUGUGAAGUGCUAAAACAUACCCGCCAUCGCAAUCUCAUUCAAGCAAUUACUUUGUGCUCGACAGUUGAUUUUGAGAACAAUGAAUUUAAAGCUCUAGUAUACGAAUUCAUGGCAAAUGGUAGCUUGGACAUGUGGAUACACCCAAGGCAAGACCAACGUAGCCCUACGAGGGUGUUAAGUUUAGGUCAAAGGAUUAGUAUUGUUGCAGAUGUAGCUUCUGCUCUUGAUUAUAUGCACAACCAAUUGACACCUCCAUUGAUUCACUGUGAUUUGAAGCCUAGCAAUGUUUUGUUGGAUUAUGACAUGACCUCGCGCAUUGGGGAUUUUGGGUCAGCAAAAUUUCUCUCUUCAAGUCUUAAUAGUACCCCAGAAGGGUUGGUUGGAGCCUCAGGAACCAUUGGAUAUAUCGCACCUGAAUAUGGGAUGGGAUGCAAAAUCUCAACCGGUGGUGAUGUUUAUGGUUUUGGGGUAUUAUUGCUAGAAAUGCUCACAGCAAAGCGACCAACUGACACACUGUUUGGUAAUGACCUCAGCCUUCAUAAGUAUGUAGACUUAGCAUUCCCAAACAAAAUUAAUGAGAUUUUAGAUCCCAAAAUGCCACAUGAGGAGGAUGUUGUUUCUACCCUUUGCAUGCAAAGAUAUAUCAUACCGUUGGUUGAAAUUGGCCUUAUGUGUUCCAUGGAAUCACCAAAUGGUAGACCAGGAAUGCGAGAUGUUUAUGCAAAACUUGAGGCCAUCAAAGAGGCAUUUGUCGAAACCUUUUGAUAGUGGCAGUGGCAAUGCAAUUAUGCAGAUGGAAUUUUGGCAAAGAACAAUAAUUUAAGGAGACUGGAGGGAUGUAUCAUGGACAGGGAGAAGGAAGAUGGCUCUCUAAUUAGGAUAUAUAUUUUGCAUGCAUAUAUGGUCAAAAGUCGGAACCAUUAACCCUGGAUGGGUGACUACUUAGCUCAUCAAACAUCUAAGCAUGGAGACAUGUAAUACAGUGAAAUAUAUAUUCAAGUGAUAUUUUUUCUAGAA